UAAGAGAGCUUUUCUCUUUAGGUGGCCACUCUAGCAGCCCUGGACUUCUACAACUAUGGCCUCCUGCCCAGACUCAGACAAUAGCUGGGUCCUUGCUGGCUCUGAGAACCUGCCUGUGGAGACUCUGGGCCCAGAACCCAGGAUGGACCCAGAAUCUGAGGAUGCCUCCCAGACCCUUUGUGACCCCUCCAAGACAGGUGGCAAAGAAUUAGCUGAGACCUUGGUUGAAGAAGAGACGCUUUCCCAGACAGAAAGUUCCCAGAAUGAAAGUACCCCUUUGCCAGAGGAGAAGAAGGCCAAGGGCUCCGUGGAAGGUGAUGGUCAUGGGAUGGAAUCCCCUGGAGACACAGCAGUCCAGGAGGAUUUGCAGGAGACUCCCGUGGUGACGAGCCUGGGACCAGACACACAGGACCUGGAGAAUGAGAGCCAUCCACAGAACCUGCCCUCAAGCCCUAAAGCAGUUUGGAAAGAGUGCCGCUGCUCCAGCAGUGACGAGGACACCGACGUGGAUGUGGAAGGUCUACGGAGACGGAGGGGCCGGGAGCCCGGCCCAGCCCAACCCAUGAUGUCUGUGGAUGUGGAGGACCAGGCCAAGGGCGAGGGUGGAGGUGGAGAUCUGGGCAUCUCCCUCAACAUGUGUCUCCUGGGGGCCCUGGCUCUUCUGGGCCUGGGGAUCCUCUUGUUCUCUGGUGCGCUGCUGGAGCCGGAAACUGGGCCCAUAGAAGAAGCAGAGCUGCAGGUCUUCCCAGAUGCCGGGCCAGAGCCUGGGUUGGCAGAUACUGUGGGGAACAGGCAGGAUGAGACAGAGCAGCCGCAGGCCUCAGUUCUACCAGACAGUAUCCCCAACCUGCAGAACAUGGGACUUCUGCUGGACAAGCUGGCCAAGGAGAGCCAGGAUAUCCGGCUGCUGCAGGCCCAGCUGCAGGCUCAGAAAGAAGAACUCCAGAGCCUGUUACACCAGCCCAAAGGGCUGGAGGAGGAGAACGCCCAGCUCCGGGAGGCCCUGCAGCAGGGCAAGACCUCCCACCACGCUCUAGAGUCCGAACUGCAGCAGCUAAGGGCCCGACUCCAAGGGCUAGAGGCUAACUGUGUCCGGAGCGUGGAUGGCGUGUGUCUCAACUGGGGUGGAGGCCCAGAGGGUAAUAAAGCCACCAAGGAGCAAGGCCACAGUGGGCAGGAGCCUGACCCCAGCUUACUGGAGCAGCAUAAGCGGCUGGAGGCUGAGGCCCAGGCCCUAAGGCAGGAGCUGCAGAGGCAGUGGCAGCUGCUGGGGUCUGUGCACCGUGACUUGCAGAGGGGCUUGCAGGAUGCUGGCCGAGGAGCCCCAGCUCGCGCUGGCCUGGUUGAACUUGGUCACGUGUUGGCCCAGACAUUACAGGGACUAGAGAAUUGGGCUCAUAACACUGGGGUGUCUUCCAAUGAUUCGGAGGCCUGGCACCAGAAAAAGCCCCAUUUCCAGAGUACCAGGGAGUGGAGUGGAAAGGAGAAGUGGCACGGUGGGCAUAGGGACCAGAAGGCGGAGCACUGGAAGCAUAGGAGGGAGGAGUCUGGCCGGGAGAGGAAGACGAGCUGGAGGGAUGAGGGCAGGGAGCCCACAGCCGGGUGGAAGGACAAGACAAAGGUAGAAGAAUCUGGAAACAGAAAGCAUGGCAAGCAACAGGACCCCAAGGUACACUCUAGGAAGAGUGGGAGCCCCCACUCUGGAGAAAGGCAGAAGCAUUCUUGGGAGAAAGAUAGUAGCCCUGACGCCCUGUCCUCCUGGGAGGAGCUGCUGAGGCGCAAGUACCGGCCUCCUCAGGGCUGCUCAGGUGUGGCCGACUGUGCCAAGCAGGAAGGCCUAGCCCUCUUUGGUGUGGAGCUGGCUCCUGUGCGGCGGCAGGAGCUGGCCUCUGUGCUGAAAUCAUACUUGGCGCGGCUGCCCUGGGCCAGGCAGCUGACCCAAGAGCUGCCCUUCUCACCUGCUUUCUUCGGAGACGAUGGCAUCUUCAGACAUGACCGUGUUUGCUUCCGGGAUUUUGUGGAUGCCCUGGAGGACAGCCUGGAGGAGGCGGCACUGAAAGAGAUGGGUGACGACGAUGAAGUGGAUGACUUUGAGGACUUCAUCUUUAGCCACUUCUUUGGAGACAAGGCACUGAAGAAGAGGUCAAAGAAGAAGGAGAAGCACUCUGGGAACCCCAGAGUUGUGGGGCCCAGGGAGGAGCACCCCCACCACCCCCACCACUACCACCGUGGCUGAGCCCUGCCCCUGCUGCAGUGAACGGCCUUGGCAUGCACCCAGCUCAAGAUCCCUGGAAUUAUGUGACCCUAGAAGCUAUGCUCUCACUGUCCAGUGGGGCCCCUUUGGCUCUUUAAUGCCCUUGAAUGUCCUUCACAGAAGAGAUCAAAGCACUUGGCCUUGCACUGGAACCACUUUUUGCUAGGAAAAAAAAAAAAAGCCAUAGCUGGCUCUACUGAACUGUCUAUGCAAAUAUAUGCAAAUGCGAAAGGCCCUGGGUACUAGGCAGUGUGUAGGAGCCUGCUGGGGAAGUUUUCUUAUUCCGAAGCCAGAGAGCUGUCCUCUUUUUGUGUGGCUGCCCCGCCCCCCAGGACCACAGCAGAGCCUGCCACCUUGUGGACUGGAGGUCCUACAACCACCCUGGAGCCGCUGGUUGGAGACUUUGGCUCUAGACUUGCCCUGGGGUUUUGUUAGCUUUGGAGGCAGCUGUCCCCAAGCUUGAUGUCCCCAUCUCAUCAUGCUUCUGUGGUGGCUUUUGCCUCUCCAGGGUAGGGCACUGCCACUUGAGGUGGUCUCUAAGUGCAGGGAACAACUCGAAAUUUCACCGCAGUGGAUAGGUAAAUCCUUCCCUUCACAGUGUGGUGGUGUUAUCCCCAGAAGGCGACUGAAGGGCAGAGGAAUGGAGUAAAUAAAGCAAGGAAGCAAACACCCUGCUUCUGCCACA